AUCGCCCUCGCGCACGCGCUCCACGGUUGAAAGCGUUCUGACGCGCUCUGACGCCACAGCCAAUAUGGAAUCUCGGCCGCGGCUGGCACGAGCGCUGCAGCAAAUCGCGUCGGUUACGCUAAAGGCGAAAGGAGAUUUUUACGCGGUUCAGUUUGUAUUGUCUGUGUGAGGUGGCGACGCAGCUAGCUGCGUGUUAGCAUCUGCUGGUCGAAGACUCUGUGUACAACGGCGUUGACAACGGGGAGGGGGCGGCGGCGGCGGACACGAAAGACACGGGGAGGAUUAAAGUGGAAUUCUCUGAGGUUUUUGAACGGGCUGAUCGGGCGCGGGCGCAGUCCCGUCCGGCACAUACAUAGCCGGAGUGUCGGCCCUGUUCGCCCGCCAAGGGAUGGAUGUGGUCUGGUUCAAUGACUGGAAAUGGCAUUGCCCUGCAUGAGUAGGAACCCCUGUCCUGUGUGAGUCCAGAAGUAGGUAUGAAGUGGUUGGUGUGAAUUGGGGCUCACUCUUCCACUUCCAAAUCCCAACAUGAGUGAGGUCCAGGCUACAGUAGAGUUCUCUGUGGAGCUUCUCAAGUUCUAUAAUGUGGACCUCUUCCAGAGGGGGUUUUAUCAGAUCCGGUGCAGCCUGAAAGUGCCGCAGCGCUACCCUCACAAGCUGGAAGCCAGCCUGCUGCGACCGACAGGUUCUGAUCUUGCCUUCCCCGCCACAGUCCACAAUGACACAGCCUGCAGCAAAACAUUUCAAAUUCUUUAUAAGAAUGAGGAGAUUGUUGUCAAUGAUGUCCUCAUAUUCAAAGUCAAGCUGCUUCUGGAUGAAAAGAAGGUUGAAGAAUUCUUAAACGAAAUGGACUUUCAGUUAUCCUUAGACCUCCACUUCACAGAUGGGGAUUACUCGCCAGAGGACUUGAGCUCCAUGCAGAACAUCAGUAGCCGCACCCUUAAAUUGCACUUUAACUUGCACCGGGGCAUCCAUCAUAACGUCAAUGUGAUGUUUGACUACUUUCACCUGUCAGUCAUCUCUGUAUCCAUCCACGGCUCCCUGGUUGCACUGCAUCAGCCCUUGAUAAGUUUCCCUCGGCCCAUGAAGAGCACCUGGCUGAACCGCAAUGCCCCAGCACAAACUAAAGACUCUGUCGUCCCGACCCUGGAGCGCGUGGUGUUUGGCAGCAGCUACGUCAAGCAGGUCUCAUCUGAUGGUCGAACGUUCGUGGUGUCUGCCCCGUGCCUGCAGCACGCCUACAGUCUGCAUUACAGCCUAUGUGCCAGCCUCCUCUUGGCUUACCAAGGCCUCUUCAACUACUUCACAGCCAUGACGAAGGACCUGCCAUCCUCACACAGGAUGGAGCUGGCCAAGCCGAGCAUGCAAGUCCUUUAUGAGCGAGCACUCAGAAGAUCCUUUCCCAGACGCCAGACGUACAUCUACAUAGAGAAACUUGAUGUAGAAAUGCGUCUCUCGGAGCUCUGUGAUCAAGUCAAGCAAAAGGAGGAGAAUCCAGAUGAGCUAGCAGAGCUGGUGAACAUGAACCUGGCACAGCUGUGCUCCCUCCUCAUGGCCCUGUGGGGUCAGUUCCUGGAGGUGGUGACUCUGCAGGAGAACGUUGCUGCCCUCUUGGCGCUGGAACACCACACCCUGCGGGUUCGAAGGUUUGCAGAAGCAUUCUUUUGCUUUGAACAUCCAAGGCAAACAGCUCUUGCAUAUCAAGAAUUGCAUGCUCAAAGCCACCUGCAAAUGUCCACAGCCAUCAAGAACUCUAGCUACUUCUUGUCCCUCCCACCAUUGCCUGUGGAGUGUGCAGACUUGGAUGGGGACUUCAGUUCAUUGCCCAUCAUCUUUGAGGACAGAUACCUGGAGUCUGUCACUGAAGAUCGUGAUGGACCAUGGCUUGGCAUGCAUAACUCUAGGAGCAGUUCCGUUUCCUCUAAAGCUGACAAAUCGGAUUUGAGAGAUUGUGGAGCUGCUGGGCUUUCCAGUCCUGACCCCAAACUUCGCCAAGCAUCCACCUCCUGCACACGACCUGUUGACAUCGAGCCGCCUUUGAAGCCUCAAAAAGGAGCACAUGAGGACUCAAAGUCAAAGGCCAAGCCCACAAAACUGAAGAAGACCAUAAAGACUGAGAACCCCAAGAAGUUAACUGGACAGACUUCAAAGGACUCUGUAGUCUUGGUGGGCUAUAAAAAUUUCAAACCCCCUCUUACUGAUUUCCUCUGCAAAUAUGAUGAAGGUGAGCAGCUUGGAACUCAGCAGAUGGAGUGGAAGCCUUUGCCGAGGGAUCCCAUCGGUGACAUUCGGACUUGCAUAAAGAGUUUUGAUAAGCCUGAAACUAUGCCUUCGCUCACAGUUCAUGCUGCCUUUGACUCUACCACCAAUGACAAUGGAAAUAGUGUUUUAAACCAAAGUAAAGAUCUGCUGACUCAUUUUUCCACACAGCUUACUCGAAAUGGGGCCCAGUCCGGAACUGGAACUUCAAAAGCAGGAACGCUAGCAGUGCCCAAAUACGAAUGCUUGGAAUACUCCACUCAAAAUUCAGCCCAAGCCUCGGGACUUCCAAGGCAAAUAGAAGUCAAGCCAAGCAGUAAGAAUCCCUACCAAGGGGAGAAGGUCACCGUUAUCUUGCCUUCGUUGAACAGUGGUGCCGCACCAAUGGAUGGUCCCACAGACACCACAGUAGAUAGGUCCCCUGGCAGCGACUUUGUGUUUGAGAAAGAUAUCAGCCACACAGCUCUGUCCCCCAAGGAGAAUCUCUUGGUAGCAAGGGCUGAGGGAACGAAGCCGCCAGCCAAAGGGGCCUCUUGCGUCUCCUCCCGCCUUUCAGACUCUGGCAUUGAAAGUGAGCCAAGCUCCUUUGCUACCCUGCCAGUUGCCAGUUCCCAGGUUAUUAGUGGGUUUGCAGCUACAGAGAGAGAACCCCAGCAGGUGGGGAAAGCCAUGCAGGGCCUUCUGCGAACCCGACCAGAACCAAGCACUGUCUCCCGAGGCAGUGCAGUAACAGAGGGUCUUUGCACGGAGAGCACCAGUGCCGUCAGUGGCAUCCAGUCCUCGCUCACUUCUAUUAACUCGCUGCCCUCUGACGAUGAAGUCGAGGGUACGUCUCAAAGCUCUUCCACCACCGCACAGGAGAAGCCCAAGGGCAGCUUGCACAGGCAGGAGCUUGAUAGAAAGUUGAGCAACCCAGUGCAAGAGGACAGUGUGUUAUCCACUGAGGAUUCAGCUGGCCAGGCUGUCUCCUGUACUAAUACAAGUGUCAUAUUGAGCACCAGCCCUUUUACAAAAGAAAUGAUGCAAGACCAUUUAAACGCUCUCAGUGUAGAUGCUGCCAGAAAGGUCACACUAACAGUAGCCACUGGUAGUUUGGCCACAACCCAGACGGAAGAUGCUGGUGUUCUGAAGUCCUUGUAUGUUUCAGAAUCUGUAGCUGCUACUUUAGAGCACCCGAGUGAGCUCUGCUCUGAUAGCGCAACAGAGUCCAGCCUUGCUCCAGGUCCCACAGAUGGAGCAGUUGGGUCCGGUGCUCCGAAAGAUACGUGCAGUGAACCCCAAACAGCCUGCCAGUCUAGCACCUCAGCCACCAGCAGCACCGACAUCGUGAAGCGAGGUCUGGUGGAGAACUACUUUGGUUCGCGUUCUAGCACUGAUGUCUCCGAUAUCAGCCCAGUGGAGACUGCUGCCAUUACCCUGGGUGUUCCGCAGGGGGCUGUUGCACCAGAGGACGAGGGAGAGGACCAGGAUUCUGAACAUGAGAUGAUUGAGAAUGGUUAUUAUGAAGAAGAUGAUGGCCUGGCGUAUAUGAAUGGGGUUUUGGAGAGGACAGAAGGUGCUGAUGGACACAGUGAGCUUGACCCAUCAUCUGAGAUGCUUAGUCUGGAGUACUUCUGCACAACGGAGAGCCUGCCAGGCUGCUAUCCCUCAAGGUGCCUCUUCACCCCAGGUGCCCGGAGCUCAGCCUCUAUUGCUGCUUCCAUGCACUCCUGGGAGAGUAUCCCCACACCACAGAUGAAAGUUUUCCUCCAGGCUAAAGAAGACUUCAAGAAGUUAAAGCUACCAGGAUUUCUGUACAGUGAGGUUCCAGACUUAGCAUCAAGUGUUCCUUACUUCAGCAUGGAAGAAGAUGAGAACUCUGAAGAGGGCAUCCAUCUCAUUGUGUGUGUCCAUGGCCUUGAUGGAAACAGUGCUGACCUAAGGCUAGUGAAGACGUAUUUGGAGCUGGGAUUGCCUGGUGCUCGUAUUGACUUUCUGAUGUCAGAGCGCAACCAGAAUGACACCUUUGUGGACUUUGACUCUAUGACAGACAGACUGCUAGAUGAAAUUGUUCAGUACAUCCAGAUAUACAACCUUACUGUCUCAAAGAUCAGCUUUGUGGGGCACUCAUUGGGCAAUCUGAUUGUUCGAUCGGUGCUGACAAGGCCCAGGUUCAAGUACUACCUGAGCAAGCUGCACACCUUCCUGUCCCUGUCUGGACCCCACCUUGGGACACUAUACAACAGCUCUGCCUUGGUGAACACUGGUCUGUGGUUCAUGCAGAAAUGGAAGAAGUCUGGAUCCCUGUUACAGCUCACCUGCCGUGAUCACUCUGACCCUCGCCAAACCUUUUUGUACAAGCUGAGUCAAAAAGCAGGCCUUCAGUUCUUCAAGAAUGUGGUGUUGGUGGGAUCACUGCAGGACCGCUAUGUUCCUUAUCAUUCUGCCCGCAUUGAGAUGUGCAAAAUAGCCUUAAAGGACAAGCAGUCAGGUCCAGUGUACAAAGAGAUGAUUGAAAACCUACUGCUACCGGUCCUGCAGAACAAAGACUGUAAUCUGGUUCGCUAUGAUGUCAUCCAUGCUCUGCCAAAUACCGCCAACUCGCUCAUUGGCAGGGCGGCACACAUUGCUGUCCUCGACUCUGAAAUCUUCUUGGAGAAGUUCUUCCUAGUGGCCGGCCUUAAAUAUUUUAAGUAGCUGGAGUGACUGAUGGGUAGGAUGGGGAAACAUGGCGCUAUUACCUCAUUACAUUCAAACACAAUUGUCAAUAUUGUAUCUGAUUUAGUUUUAAAUAUUUAUACUUUUAUAUGG